CGUUUCGUGAGUAAAGUUUGAUGAAAGUUUUGGUUGAUCUAAAAGUUGAGGAAAUCGGUAAGUGUUCGUAUUAUUAACUGUCAAAUAAUGUGCAAAUAUAUCCGUUGCAGUCGAGUUUUGAACUGAGAUGGCACCCGUUUUCUUUUCGUCAUUUGUGUGGUAGAAUGACUCAUUUUGGUAGCUAGCAAAGCGUCGGAAUCGUCAGGUAGCGAGACCAUAGCUAGGUGAUCAGAAAUGUUCAACAUUGCGAUGUGGGCUGUUAUAGGGUCAUGGCUAGAAGGAAAUCAGCCUUUGUUAAAUCUACGUCGAAAGUAAUGUUUUUUUUUUGUUGCAUUUUAGCUAACCCUAACCCCUUUCCUAACCUUAAUUAACCUGAUUCUCAUAACAGCUACGUUAAUUCUCCUAACCUGCUGCGAAAUGUCUAAUCUGACGGUAAUUUAGUCCCGUGUAGCUCAGUUGGUAGAGCAUGGCGCUUGCAACGCCAGGGUUGUGGGUUCGUUUCCCACGGGGGGCCAGUAUGAAAAAAAAUAAUAUGUAUGCACUCACUAACUGUAAGUCGCUCUGGAUAAGCGUCUGCUAAAUGACUAAAAUGUAAAUGUAAUUUGACAAAAGCUGGAUCCCUUCUAGCCAUGACUCUGUAGCUAGCUAUACGUCCAAUAUCCUGUAGCUACAUUCACGCGAGAUUUGGCUCUGGUCCGAUAUUAGGUUAUCAUAAUAAUAAUAAUAAUAAUGCCAUUUAGCAGACGCUUUUAUCCAAAGCGACUAACAGUCAUGCAUGCAUACAUUUUUGUGUAUGGGUGGUCCCGGGGAUCGAACCCACUACCCUGGCGUUACAAGCGCCGUGCUCUACCAGCUGAGCUACAGAGGACCACCCAUAAAAUGUACAGGUUAUGUUUUAUAUGUAGGUUAUAACCUACCUGUUUGAGGCUAUGUUGUGCCAUUUAGUGACAGCACCAUCAAUGCCACGAGAUACACUCACCUGCUCUAUUCACUCAGGUUGGGGCUGAUGGAUAAGUGAGCUCACUCAAGACACACACUCCCACACCACAAUGUCUGGGGCCCAGGAGCACAAGAGACGGCGACCCCAGAAUAUGUACUUGGUAGCAUCCGACCUAAAGAUUCAGGACCAGUUGGAAGGUACCAUCCGACUGCUACGGGGGAAUCUCUGUCAGGAGCAGGAGGGGGGAAGGAGCAGGGGCGACCAACUGUGGGUAAAGGUAAGAAAAGGAAUUAAUACUUUAUCACGCCUGUCUUCACUCAUUCCUCUCUUCCUUGUGUUUGAAACUUCUCAACUCACGUCAAACAAACCACACCACCUCUUCCUUCUAUCUCUAGAUCUCAGGCUCUCCAAUACAUGAAAUCCUCUUCCAAUUCCUUCCUCCACUACCAACCAUAUAUACCGGUUCCGCGCUCAAUUCUCUCCCUCCCUCCCCCUCUGCUCCUUCCCUCACCUCCCUCCCAUCAAACCCCUGUCCUCCCCUCCCCUCCCUCCCUUCCUCCCUCCCUCUCCUUGUUCCCUCCUCUCUUGCUCCCUCUCUCCCCACUCUCUCUCUCCUUGUCCCUCUCCCUCUUUCUUGCUCUCUCUCUCUCUCUCCAUCAGGUAUUUGACAAUGCCUGUAUGGUGAAGACUGUCAAGCAGCUGAAGAUUGACAAGUUAUACACUCCUCUCGUUUCUCCCCCCCCUCAGGUAUUAGACUAUGGUUGUAUGGUAAAGAUUGACAAACAGCUCCUUAUAGAAGUCCCCACCGACCUGACCGGCCUAUUGGAGCCUAUAUCUGAUCCGGAGUCCCGCCUCAAACUGCUCAGUAACCCCAAGCAACUUCACCGAUUGGCUGCCUUGCCCCUAGGCACACCCCUCUAUGUCCAGAUGGGCCAACCAGGAGAGCUGGCGGAGGCGGAGCUGAGGUAUCGAGGACCGCUGACCAGAGGAAGUACUGCUGUGUUGUUUGGGGUGCAGCUGAAGGUAUUGUUGUUGACAUGGUGUUUUUAACUAAUGUGGUGUUUUUAACUAACGUGGUGUUUUUAACUAUAGACAAUAGAUCAUAACAACAAACGUACACUCUUUGAUGGUUCUCUUGAAUGUCAUUUUACUUGUGUGUUAGUGAGCCACUGUCAUACAGUCGUACCCAAAUUGUGGAAUGACUCGGACCUACCUCUUCACUCUCUCUGUCUCGUCUGUUUGCCUGCCUCUCUCCCUCUCGCUUUCUCUCUCUUAGGACUCAGCAGUGGGUAGAGGCAACACUAACGGUUCGUACAAAGGCCACCAGCUCUUCACCUGUCCCGAAGCCUCCGCCCUCUUCCUACCGGCCGAUCAGCUCAGGCUGCGACGCCGUGCCAACGACGACCAUCACAACAACGUCCUUCCUCCUCAACCUCAAUCCCCCAUUGGUAACAUCAUUGCUAGAACGGCUGAAUCGGCUCCCGGCCUGGCCCCAGUCCCAGUCCUGGCUCAAAACCCCAGCUCCCGACCUCCCCUCCAGGUGGGCCAGAGGGUGUGCUUCCCCCUGGAGGAUACAGUCCAUGGGGGAGAGGUGAGGUUCUGUGGGGCCCUGCCUGGACGGACCGCCACUGGGGUGUUCGUAGGAAUCCUGCUGGUAAGUAUCACUGCUGGAGUGUGCAGCUGUAUUUAGAAUUGCAAUCAGUGUAUUUGUAUUUAUUAUGGAUCCCCAUUAGCUGCUGCCAAGCCAGCAGCUACUCUUCCUGGGGUCCAGCAAAAUGAAGGCAGUUCAUACAUUUUAAAAACAUUACAAUACAUUCAGAACAGAUUUCACAACAUAUUAAGUGUGUGCCCUCAGGCCUCUACUCUACUACCACAUAUCUAUAACACAAAAUCCAUGUGUACGUGUGUAUAGUGCGUAUGUUAUAGUGUGUUUGUAUGCAUGUGUCUAUGUUUGUGUUGCUUCACAGUCCCCGCUGUUCCAUAAGGUGUAUUUUUUAUCUGUUUUUUAAAUCUGAUUUUACUGCUGGCAUGAGUUACCUGAUGUGGAAUAGAGUUCCAUGUAGUCCUGUACGCCUCCCAUAGUCUGUUCUGGACUUGGGGACUGUGAUUAUACAGACUUAGAUUUAUAGUAAUUAUUGUGUUAUAAGACACCUAAAAUAUAGUGUUCAGUGGAUAACAUUCACAGACAUGUUUAGGCUAUAUUCUUCAUCUAACAGUCAAUGCUUCCUGUAUAUUUGCGCUAAUGAGUUUGUUUAUAUGCAGGACAAUGCGGUUGGUAACUGGGAUGGUUCAUAUAAAGGAGAGAAGUUGUGCUCCAUCCCCUCUUCUCUCUAUGGUUGCCUGCUACCCAUCUCCAAGGUGUCCCCUGGUACGUCACUCCCUGGUUCAAAUGUUACGGCAGAGCAAUGACACUGUUUGGUUUACUGUUAUUAAUAUGACACUAAUGAGAGCGGUGCAAUUGGAAAACAAAACAUUGUGUUGUGUUUGACCGCUGACCUCUACUGACCCCCCUCCCCCACAGAACCGAGGUCACGCCGCCAUACUCCUCCCCUCCAGAACCCCAAACCAGUCCUCAAACCCACCCAACCACCCGCCCCUAAACUUGCCAUUGUAUCCUCACCUGCCUCCACCCCAAAGAUCGCUCUGAUGCCUCCUCAACUCCUCUCAGCCAAACUGGCCUUAAAACCUCCACCCCUCCCCAGCCCCAAGCCUUUCACGAAACCUCACCCCCUUCCCCCAACCCCUCCCGCCUUCAAACCCCAAACCCUGCCCUCCCCGACCUCCACCGACCAACCACAGCUCUUGAAUGGUUCGCCCAGUCCCCUCUCUCCGGGUCGAGGUGAAGGAUUGGACGCUGAGGAGAAUGGAGACGCGGGAUUGGAGGUUGAGUUGGAGGUGGGGUCCAUGGUGGAGGUGAAUGACCCGCCCCUUUUUGGAGUGAUUCGUUGGAUUGGACGAAUCAGUGGAGUUCCACAACUGGUGUCAGGAAUCGAGCUGGUACGGUAACACUGUCACCUCCGUUACUGUGUGUCAUCAACUCACUGUAAUUCCAUCAACUCUGUAAUUGUGUUGGUGUCAAUGUAUCAUGUCAAGUCAAUCAGUGUAUGACAAUGUUGUAGAGCAGUGGUAUUCAAGCAUUUUCAACUAAGGCUGCCUUGAAAACUCCAAAAUGUCUAGCGUGUGUUUGUAACAUAUUUAGAUGCAUACUUUCCUCUCUCAGGACCAGGAGCUGACCGCUGGAACAGACGGCAGUUACCUUGGCGAACGCCACUUCCGUUGCCCCGCCAACAAGGGGCUGUUCGUCAAACUCCGGAACUGUAGGCGGGACUCCAGAUUCCCUGCCCCCGAGACACCGGUCAACCAGGUGGAGCGCUGCAACUCCAUAGGUGUGUUAUCUGUGUGUGUUGUCUUGCCCGACUCACGCCUCUCCCUUGAGAUUAAUGAGCUAGCCUAGGUUACCACUAUUACCUACAGGCGUUGCCCUUCCAGCCCAGUCCCGAUCCCAGCAACCCAUUGAUACCAGCCAUGGCACCGGCGUAGCGCUCUGCGGCCGACAGCUGGAGUGGGAGAAACCUUUUUUGUUAAAAACCACUCAGCGGGGCGUUCAACUCGGGGCUCUCCCAGAACUAUAAGACCAGGGGAACUAUUAAGACCAGGGGAACUAUUAAGACCAGGGGAACUAUAAGACCAGGGGAGCUAUAAGACCAGGGGAGCUAUAAGACCAGGGGAGCUAUAAGACCAGGGGAACUAGAGGGUGAGUAUAGUUUCUCCUUUCUGCAACUGUUAUUAACAUUAUUACCUUAGUUUUACACCCACGGGCGUCACAAAACCUUCACCUGUGGACCUGGAGUUACUCACCGUAACGGGACCUAGUGUCCCACGAGACGGAAGAGGUAUAGUCACUGUGUCAUGCCUUAGCCUAACACUCUAAGACAUACACACCCCAAGCAUGGACCCACAAAUUUACCAAGAGAGGAAACCCUCUGGUCUAUUUCGGUCAUUGGCCCCUCGAGAGGAAAUACACCGCCUGUAUUUAUUCAAGCAAAGCCCUUUACAAAGAGUCUACUUACAGUGAGGGGAAAAAAGUAUUUGAUCCCCUGCUGUUUUUGUACGUUUGCCCACUGAAAAAGAAAUGAUCAGUCUAUAAUUUUAAUGGUAGGUUUAUUUGAACAGUGAGAGACAGAAUAACAACAAAAAAAUCAAGAAAAACGCAUGUCAAAAAGGUUAUGAAUUGAUUUGCAUUUUAAUGAGGGAAAUAAGUAUUUGACCCCUCUGCAAAACAUGACUUAGUACUUGGUGGCAAAACCCUUGUUGGCAAUCACAGAGGUCAGACGUUUCUUGUAGUUGGCCACCAGGUUUGCACACAUCUCAGGAGGGAUUUUGUUCCACUCCUCUUUGCAGAUCUUCUCCAAGUCAUUAAGGUUUCGAGGCUGACGUUUGGAAACUCGAACCUUCAGCUCCCUCCACAGAUUUUCUAUGGGAUUAAGGUCUGGAGACUGGCUAGGCCACUCCAGGACCUUAAUGUGCUUCUUCUUGAGCCACUCCUUUGUUGCCUUGGCUGUGUGUUUUGGGUCAUUGUCAUGCUGGAAUACCCAUCCACGACCCAUUUUCAAUGCCCUGGCUGAGGGAAGGAGGUUCUCACCCAAGAUUUGACGGUACAUGGCCCCGUCCAUCGUCCCUUUGAUGCGGUGAAGUUGUCCUGUCCCCUUAGCAUGUUUCCACCUCCAAGUUUGACGGUGGGGAUGGUGUUCUUGGGGUCAUAGGCAGCAUUCCUCCUCCUCCAAACAUGGCGAGUUGAGUUGAUGCCAAAGAGCUCGAUUUUGGUCUCAUCUGACCACAACACUUUCACCCAGUUCUCCUCUGAAUCAACUUCAGACGGGCAUGUAUAUGUGCUUUCUUGAGCAGGGGGACCUUGCGGGCGCUGCAGGAUUUCAGUCCUUCACGGCGUAGUGUGUUACCAAUUGUUUUCUUGGUGACUAUGGUCCCAGCUGCCUUGAGAUCAUUGACAAGAUGCUCCGUGUAGUUCUGGGCUGAUUGUAGCUCAACUGGUAGAGCACAGCGCUUGUAACGCCAGGGUAGUGGGUUCGAUCCCCGGGACCACCCAUACACAAAAAAUUUAUGCACGCAUGACUGUAAGUCGCUUUGGAUAAAAGCGUCUGCUAAAUGGCAUAUUAUUAUUUUUAUUAUUAUUCCUCACCGUUCUCAUGAUCAUUGCAACUCCACGAGGUGAGAUCUUGCAUGGAGCCCCAGGCCGAGGGAGAUUUGACAGUUCUUUUGUGUUUCUUCCAUUUGCGAAUAAUCACACCAACUGUUGUCACCUUCUCACCAAGCUGCUUGGCGAUGGUCUUGUAGCCCAUUCCAGCCUUGUGUAGGUCUACAAUCUUGUCCCUGACAUCCUUGGAGAGCUAUUUGGUCUUGGCCAUGGUGGAGAGUUUGGAAUCUGAUUGAUUGCUUCUGUGGACAGGUGUCUUUUUAUACAGGUAACAAGCUGAGAUUAGGAGCACUCCCUUUAAGAGAGAUGUUCUAAAAACCGGCUCUACAGAAAAAGCAGAAAAGAAGCGAUCAAAAAGAACCAACAAACUAACUUUCUAACUUGCAAAACAUUUACUUAUAUACUGUCAUGCCUCCCUUAUUCACUCCUCCCCACAACCCAGUUACAUCAUAUUCAUACCAUACUAGCGUUUCCCCUUGUAUGGAAUUUUCCCCUCAUAGGGCUGCAUCCCCUUUGUGUGGCCGUAAUUAUCCCUAAAAAAAAAUCCAUGUAUUUUGCGGCCAGUGGCUGUUGUGCCCUUGGGCUGAAUAUAAUAAUUAUAAUUCCCUUUCCCGGCUGCGUGCCGAAGCACCUCUCACUCACAUGGCUCUCAGUCGCAUGAUCAGGUCUUUCUCACAGGCUACAAGUGAAGACAGGCACAUCAGGGACACAACUGCGCGCGUCCUUAUCCAAUUCCGAGGCGCAUAUUGAAGAUAUUGGAAGAAAUGUCCACAUUUACUUUUGGUCAGCCAACAAGAUGAGUAGGCUUAACGAACAGCAAAAGCACUAGCCUAUGUCAAUCUACUAUCCCCCGUAGUACAAAAGUUGACCUAUUCUGUGAGAUAAAUAAAUAUUCCAAAGAUAGUCUGGGACAGUUGUGGGAUGCGAUAGAUCCCAAAUUAAUACAACCACUAGCAUCAAAAAAACUAUUUUUAAGCAAUGAGCCUGACGCAACAGAUCAGAACGUUUAGCUUAAAAUGUUGAUAAAAUAUUAGGCUAUUUCUUCACAUUAUAAGCGCAGCAAGGCGCACACGGCAGUAGGCUAUAUGCACGAAUGUUCCAUUAGCAGGAAAACACCAUUCUCAAAAGUGACCACAAAUGUGAUUAUGCAUGUAAUGCUUUUAUUAUAAAGGUGCAUUUUUAUGGUGAAAAUUAUCUUCCCCAAACUUGAAACUCAUGUAUGCCAGUUAGGCUCUACACCCCUUGUAAAGUGGAUUAAUGUGCUUCAUUUUAAGAAGUUAUUUGGCCACUUUAGUUGUGAUACAAACCUUAUCAAAACAUAUAGGCCUAUGGGCUAGGCCACAUGAGGUCUGCGACUAUGAUUUGAAAAAGUCGCCAAAAAAAGUAUGCACUGUUUCUAGCCUUAAGCUGGGCAUCAUCAUUCACAAGUGAUAAUAUAUCAUUCAUAAGUGAAAGGCUAAUAUUGUCACCCAUCACACUAUUCUUGAUUUAAUCAUGUCUUAACGUAUACUAAAUUAUAUAUGUGUGACAUUUUUAUUUAUUUAGUAUGGGCUAUUAUCAUGCACCUGUAUCGAAACAGGGCAGCGGAAAAAAAAAAAAAUACAUCUAUGAACUUCAAUAGCGAAUGGAGGACGCUUUUCCCGGGGUUCAUUUUCAUGCCAGCCAGGUAGGCUAUACUCCUGUGGUAAUAUAAGCAAUGUGCAUAAUAUUAGGAAAGUUGAGAAAUAAAUAUAGUAGGCUAUAGAAAGCUGAUGGGAACCUCCUCUUUUUAAUAGAGGCCAUCACUAUAGAAAUGUUGCGCAACAUGAGCUCGUGCACUUAUGAAGUGUUUGAUUACAUUUUUGAUUACAUUUGCAUUGAUGUCAGAGGGAUUAGAGGGACAAUAGAGUGCUGAGUACCAGGCAGUUAGCAAGUUUGGUAGGCUACUAAUGACCAUCAGCAGCAUCAGAGCUUGGAGAAGCCUAAUCAGACGUCAUCUGAGCGCGACGUAUGUUGUUUGUUGUUGAACGCUGAAAGCUGAACGAGAGACCUCGGUUUUUUGUUUUUGUAAAGCUGACAGUGUUUCCUUGUACAUUUUGUUUACUGUUGGGCUUAGCUGCUGUGAGCGCUGCUGUCUGUCCUGGAUCCUGCCAGAUUCCUCAUAGGGGGAGAGACACGGAAGCUGUGAGCGCUGCUGUCUGUCCUGGAUCCUGCCAGAUUCCUCAUAGGGGGAAAGAAAGCGUCCUCUGGUAAAAGGAGAUGUUAAGUCCAGACCUGACACAGACCAGAAACGGCUUUGCCGCCCUGGAUCCAGAGGUUCCGGCGCCUUCUUCCUUAGGGGCUUCCCACUUGAGAUCGGAUCCGGAGGUACUUGCGUCUGUGUCUUCGUCCUCUGUUCUGUCUCCCUCUCCGGUGGCUUCUACCUCGGGUGCAUAUCCUCUGAGCUCCCACCCUCAUCAGACCGUGAGGCUGCCUGAGAGUCCGGCCCAUUCAACUUCACCAGCUGUCAUCAUCGGCAGCUCUAUUGUGAGAAACAUCUCGGUUCCCAAUGCAAAAACCCUGUGCUACCCUGGAGCACGAGUACAGGACAUCACAAGGCUGCUUCCGACUGUUCUACGACAGAUGCCGGGAGUUGAUGCUGUCGUAGUCCAUGUGGGGUCAAACGACAUCAGGAGGGCUAGCUCGGUACAUCUGAAAAUGGGUUUUAAAGAACUGAUUUUAGCAUUAAAAGACUCAAAAAAACGGCCAAUCAUUUCAGGUCCAGUACCAACAUUGGGCUGCGGGUUUGUAAGAUUCAGCAGGCUACUGGCAUUACACAUCUUGCUAAAAGAUUACUGUAGCUCUGGUGGAAUCACUUUUAUAGAUAACUUUGACACCUUCUGGAAACAGAAGAUACUCUACAGGAAUGACGGAGUCCAUCCAAAUCAUUGUGGUUCCUGAACUCUUUCCACACAUUUCAAGGCUGCGAUGAAACAAUGACUUAUCAAUGACCCAAGACCAGCUCAGUUAAUCCCUACCAUUGUGACAAUGAGUCGUCAUAAUGCUGCAUCAAAUGUACAUCAUCGUAGGGGCGUUGGCAGACUGUAAACAAUGUAAGUAAUUUAAUUUAUGUCCCCCUAAUUGUAGUCCCCUGUAGCUCAGUUGGUAGAGCAUGGCACUUGCAACGCCAGGGUUGUGGGUUCAUUUCCCACAGGGGGCCAGUAUGAAAAUGUAUGCACUCACUAACUGUAAGUCGCUCUGGAUAAGAGCGUCUGCUAAAUGACUAAAAUGUCAAAUGUAAUUUCCCUGAAUACCUCUGUUGAUCCUACAGCUAUUGUAUGCAGUAAUCAUGAGCCCAGAGUUACACUGUUAGCACUGAGGCAGUGUGUGCCCAAGUAGGAAGACCAUUGUGUGCAGCUCACCCUGCACUAUCAGCGCCAAUAUAAAUAACAUGAACAAGUCUACUUCUGAUAAGCUUCCCAGUAAAGCAUUAAAAACAAUCAAGCAACCCAGAAAAGUGCUAAAAAUAGCCCAUAUUAACAUAUGCAGCCUGAGAAACAAGAUCCAUGAAGUCAAAAACUUGCUUGUAACAGAUGACAUUCAUAUUCUGACUAUCUCUGAAACGCACUUAGAUAAUACAUUUGAUGAUACAGUGGUAGCAAUACAUUGUUAUAACAUCUACCGAAAAGACAGAAAUGCCAACGGGGGGCGGUGAUGCGGUCUAUAUUCAGAACCACAUUCCUGUAAUGCUUAGAGAUGAUCUCAUGUUAAAUACUGUUGAAGUUAUAUGGCUACAGGUUCAUCAGCCUCACCUAAAGCCCAUUCUUGUGUGAAGCUGCUAUAGACCACCAAGUGCUAACAGUCAGUAUCUAGAUAAUAUGUGUGAAAUGCUUGAUAAUGUAUGUGAUAUCAACAGAGAAGUAUAUUUUCUGGGUGAUUUAAAUAUUGACUGGCUCGCAUCAAGCUGCCCACUCAAGAAAAAACGUCAAACUGUAACCACUGCCUGCAACCUGGGUAAGGUUGUCAGUCAACCUAUUGGGUAUUUACAAACAGCACAGGAAUGAAAUCAUCAACAUGUGUUGAUCACAUCUUUACUAAUGCUGCAGAAAUUAGCUUUAAAGCAGUAUCCAAAUCCAUAGGAUGUAGUGAUCACAAUAUAGUAUCCAUAUCUAGGAAAACCAAAGUUCCAAAGGCUGGGCCUAAUAAGAGGUCAUACAAUAAGUUUUGUAGUCAUUCAUAUGUUGAUGAUGUAAAGAAUAUUUGCUGGUGUGUAAUGAGGAGCAACCAGACGCUGCACUUGCUUAUUCCAGUUACUAAUAAGCACGCACUCAUUAAGAAAAAGACUGUAAAGACUGUUAAAUCCCCUUGGAUUGAUGAGGAAUUGAAAAAUGGUAUGGUUGAGAGGGAUGAGGCAAUAGGUAUGGCAAAUAAGUCUGGCAGCCCAACUGAUUGGCAAACGCACUGCAAAUUAAGAAAUCAUGUGACUAAACUAAAUAAAAAUAAACAAUACUAUGAAACAAAAAUAAAUCAUAUAAAGAAUGAUAGUAAAAAGCUUUGGAGCACCUUAAAUUAAAUUUUGGGAAAAAAGGCAAACUCGGCUCCAUCAUUAAUUGAAUCAGAUUGCUCAUUCGUCACAAUACCCACUGAUAUUGCCAACUACUUUAAUGACUUUUUAAUUGGCAAGAUUAGCAAACUUAGGCAUGACAUGCAAGCAACAAACACUGACACUACACAUUCAAGUAUAUCUGACCAAAUUAUGAAAGACAAGAAUUGUACUUUUGAAUUCCGUAAAGUCAAUGUGGAAGAGGUUAAUUUUUUGUUGUUGUCUAUCAACAAUGACAAGCCACCGGGGUCUGACAAACUGGAUGGAAAAUUACUGAGGAUAAUAGCGGACGAUAUUGCCACUCCUAUUUGCCACAUCUUCAAUUUAAGCCUACUAGAAAGUGUGUGCCCUCAGGCCUGGAGGGAAGCUAAAGUCAUUCCGCUACCCAAGAAUAGUAAAGCCCCCUUUACUGGCUCAAAUAGCCAACCAAUCAGCCUGUUACCAACCCUUAGUAAACUUCUGGAAAAAAUUGUGUUUGAGCAGAUACAAUGCUAUUUCACAGUGAACAAACUGACAACAGACUUUCAGCACGCUUGUAGGGAAGGACACUCAACAAGCACAGCACUUACACAAAUGACUGAUGAUUGGCUGAGAGAAAUUGAUGAUAAAAUGAUUGGGGGGGCUGUUUUGUUAGACUUCAGUGCGGCUUUUGACAUUAUCGAUCAUAGUCUGCUGCUGGAAAAACGUAUGUGUUAUGGCGUUACACCCCCUGAUAUAACGUGGAUAAAGCCUUUGAGAGGCUUCUUUAAUGGAAGCCUCUCAAACAUUUUCCAGGUAGAAUCAGGAAUUCCCCAGGGCAGCUGUUUAGGCCCCUUACUUUUUUCAAUCUUUACUAACGACAUGCCAGUGUGUCUAUGUAUGCGGAUGACUCAACACUAUACACGUCAGCUGCUACAGCAACUGAAAUGACUGCAACCCUUAACAAAGAGCUGCAGUUAGUUUCAGAAUGGGUAGCAAGGAAUAAGUUAGUCCUAAAUAUUUCCAAAACUAAAAGCAUUGUAUUUGGGUCAAAUCAUUCACUAAACCCUAAACCUCAACUACAUCUCCUAAUGAAUAAUGUGGAAAUUGAGCAAGUUGAGGUGACUAAACUGCUUGGAGUAACCCUGGAUUGUAAACUGUCAUGGUCAAAACAUAUUGAUACAACAGUAGAUAAGAUGGGGAGAAGUCUGUCCAUAAUAAAGCGUUGCUCUGCCUUCUUAACAGCACUAUCAACAAGGCAGGUCCUACAGGUCCUAGUUUUGUCGCACCUAGACUACUGUUCAGUAGUGUGGUCAGGUGCCACAAAGAGAGACUUGGGAAAAUUGCAGUUGGCUCAGAAGAGGUCAUCACGGCUGGCCCUUAAAAGUACACGGAGAGCUAACAUUUAAUGACAUGCAUGUCAAUCUCUCAUGGCUCAAAGUGGAAGAGAGAUUGACAUCAUCACUACUUGUUUUUGUAAGAGGUGUUGACAAGCUGAAUGUACCGAGCUGUCUGUUUUAAAAUAUUAGCACACAGCUCGGACACCCAUGCAUACCCCACAAGACAUGCCACCAGAGGUCUCUUCACAGUCCCCAAGUCCAGAACAGACUAUGGGAGGCGCACAGUACUACAUAGAGCGAUGACUACAUUGAACUCUAUUCCACAUCAAGUAACUGAUGCAAGAUUUUAAAAAAACAUGUAAAAAUACACCUUAUGGAACAGCAGAGACUGUGAAGAGACACACACAGGUACAGACACAUGCAAACGCAUACAUUGUAAUAUUGUUGUAUGGUGGUAUUGUACAUUUUGUAUUGUAGAUAUGUAGUGGUGUAAUAAUGUUAUUUUAUGUACUGUUUUUAUAUUUUGUUUUAUAUGUAAUGUAAGUGCUUUAAUGUGUUUGGACCCCAGGAAGAGCAGCUGCUGCCUUGGCAGAAGCUAAUGGGGAUCCCUAUCAAAUACAAAUACAAAUUACAGUGACUAAACGGUCACGUGGAAUUUGACUGCUGUCAUGACUCAUGACCGCCGGUGUGUCGGUAAUACGGUCACCGUAAAAACCCUAGCUAUCUCCUCCUUUCUCUGCUGGCUGCGGUACCUCUCAGCUCUCCCCCUUCUGUUCCUUUUUCCGUCCCGUUGAGUCUCUGUUUUCUUGGCCUCCUGCUCUCUCCAUCCCAGAAGCCGUUGUAUCUCGGUGGGGGUGAGAGUUACAUCCAUCCCAUGGUUCGUGUGUGUGUGUGGUGCGUAUUUCUGUCUCUAUGAGUGUGUGUGUGUGUCCAUAGCAUGUAACAUGAUGACGACUCCCACCCCCAGCGUUUGCAGAGUGGGGCAGUGAGCGUGUGGUGGAGCACACCCCUCCAGUCCAGGGGGAUGAGGCCAGAGAUAUGUACCAGGGCUGGAAGAGAGGCAUCCAGGGACACCUCAACUCCUGCUACCUGGACGCCUCACUCUUCAGGUGACUAACGCUGGCAUUCUCACUCCCUCCUGUUUGUAAUAUUAUUAGGCCAAUAAUUGUUAUCAAAUUAUGUAAUUUGACCUGUAAGUAAUAGGAUGUUGAGAAUCAGAACACUCCAUUAGAACCAGAACACUCGUUAGAACCAGAACACUCGUUAGAACCAGAACACUUGUUAGAACUAGAACACUCGUUAGAACUAGAACACUCCGUUAGAACUAGAACACUCCGUUAGAACCAGAACACUCUGUUAGAAUCAGAACACUCCGUUAGAACUAGAACACUCCAUUAGAACCAGAACACUCUGUUAGAAUCAGAACACUCCAUUAGAACUAGAACACUCCAUUAGAACUAGAACACUCCGUUAGAAUCAGAACACUCCAUUAGAACUAGAACACUCCAUUAGAACUAGAACACUCCAUUAGAACUAGAACACUCCGUUAGAAUCAGAACACUCCGUUAGAAUCAGAACACUCCGUUAGAAUCAGAACACUCCGAUAGAAUCAGAACACUCCGAUAGAAUCAGAACACUCUGUUAGAAUCAGAACACUCCGAUAGAAUCAGAACACUCUGUUAGAAUCAGAACACUCCGAUAGAAUCAGAACACUCCGUUAGAAUCAGAACACUCCGUUAGAAUCAGAACACUCCGUUAGAAUCAGAACACUCCGAUAGAAUCAGAACACUCCGAUAGAAUCAGAACACUCCGUUAGAAUCAGAACACUCCGUUAGAAUCAGAACAUUGCGUUUAUUAAUAGGAUGUUGAGAAUUAAGGGUUAGAUAAUGCAGUCAGGCUCUUUUUUUUGUGUGCAAAAAUGUAAAAUUGGGGAAUGUUGUCGUAUCGAAUCUAAGGAUGUUUUUUAUUGAACUAGAAGGAAUGCUGGAUGCAUUAAUGUUAAUUAAACUCUCUAUUUUCUCCCCCUCUCUCUCGCUCAGUCUGUUUUCGUGCUGCAGUUCAGUAGACUGGGUGUUGCUGUGGCCCACGGACCCCUCAGACGGCUCCCGCUGCAGCCAAGCCCAGGACCUGCUACGCUGUGAGAUAGUCAACCCCCUACGCAGGUGUGUGUGUUCCUUCGCACUGGGUGUUUAUGUAUAGGCAUAUAUUGUGAUUUACAUUUUUCUGUAUUUAUAUAGUUAUAGUGAAUUUGAAUAGCUUUUAUGAAUGUACAUCUUCGUGUGUGUGUCUCUCAGGUUUGGCUAUGUGUGUGCCAGUAAGACUAUGGCCCUGAGAAGACUCCUGGAGGCCGAGAGUAGUGAUACAGGCUUCACCAACCAGGAGAAAGGUGUGUGUGUGUCCGUCAGUCUGUCUGUCCGUGUGAGAGAGACUGGCUGUCUGUCCAUCCAUCUCUCCGUCCAUCUUGUCUGUGUGAGUGGGACGGGGGCGCGAGGGAGAGAAAGGGACUGGGUGAGAAAUGUUCCCUCUAAUUUGUUUUGUCACUGAGCAAAUUUCAGGUCUGCUGAGUGCAAACUUCAAAGUUGUGAAAAUUCUGUGCAACUUCCGGCGCACGUUUACUGUGAACACUGAGGCUGUACCCUCUUUAAGUUACAGUUUUAACAGUGGCCAGGUAGGCUAUUGUGGCUGUUUUGAUCAUAAUGUAGGCCUACCAGAGUGGCCUACCAUCAAUAACAAUGGAGAAAAAGCAUCUGAUAACAUUUUAACAUGGAAAUAGCUGUUCUAUCAUUCAGCCUACAGUAGCAGCCAAUGUGUGGUGUUCAGUGUAGGCCUACAUUCCAUUAGACUUUUGGGAAGAAAACAUGCAGGGCUUGACAUUAACCAGUUUAUCCACUUGUCCUUCAGACAAGGAGGUGACUGAAAAUGUUGUUGUGUUGUUUGAUGCAAGAAACCACUGUACAAAAUAAAAUGCAUUAUUAUUCCCAUACCAUUAUUACAGAGAAUCAGACAAAUUAUUCUACCCUCUGCCUAUUGGCUACUUAGCUUAUUCAAGCUUGUCUCAAAAUACAACACUUCCCCUUUAAAACUAAAAAAGCUCUUUACCUGACUCGCUUUUCAAAGAUGUCUAGAAAUGUACACAUUUUGUGCUCUUGUAGGAAGUAAUCACUCCCCUAUUGCUGACUACAAAUGAUCUAUAACUGGGCUAAUAACUCACUAACUAGCAAAGGAUAUGAUCAAAUGUGCACACGUGAUCUCAAAACAGGCACAUCUACUCACGACCGCGCAAGCUGUCCAUUUCAAAGGGAAUAGCACAGAUCCAUAUAUGGCAAUGGUCUAUUUGCAUAUAGGCCUACUGCAGCUCUGAUUAGUUAUGGCACAUCAGUCUAUUUAGAGUAAGGGCCUGAGUCGUGCCUGUCAACGCAAUAGAAUCCUACUCCAAUGUAUUCUGCCUACAACAAAAUCUCUUGCAUAGUUCAUUUUGCAUACUAAGUAUUGCAUAGUUCGUUUUGUUUCGGUAUGUUGCUUUGAAAGUGGCUAAUAAUGCUUUGAUUCGAUCACAAUUCCCACAGUAAAGAGAAACGUUGAUAAUGUUAACUAAUGGGGAAAACUAGAAAGUUGAGUGAAGUUCAAUCUUGUGCUUCUCUGCACAGGCUGAUAUUUCUUCUGCGCGGCAGUCCCGGGAAGCAUAGAGGGAACAUUGGAGUGUUUUUAAAGACGUCUGUCUUGUCUUGUCUUUCUGUCAGACCCAGAAGAGUUCCUCAACAAGCUUUUCCAGCUCCUCCGGGUCGAACCUCUUCUGAAGAUCAGGUAUACUUUCUCUCCUUCCCCCUCCCUUCUCUCUCCUCUCUAAUUUCUCUCUCUCCUUCCACCCCUUAUCUCUCGCGAUCUCUCUCUAAUUUCUCUCUAUCCAUCCACCCUUCUCUCUCUCGCGCUCUCUCUCUCUCUCCUCUCUAAUUUCUCUCUCUCCUCCCCCCCCCCUCGUUCUGUCGUUCUCUUAUUCUUUCUUACUCACCCACCUUCUCUACCUGUAACAGUUGUUUUCCUCUCAUGCUCUCCCUCGUUCCUUUCAGGUCAGUGACACAGAAGCAGCAGCCUCAGGAGUGUCACCUCUACCAGCUCUUCCCCCCAUCCGUUCCCCUCUCUCCCUCCUCCCCUGUCCCUCUGUCUCCGUCCCUCUCUCCCAUCCCUCUCUCCUCCCCUGUAGUACUCAUGAGAGUGGCCAGUGUUCAGACUCUGCUAGAGACUUCUUUUCUCCACGCGGGACUAAAGUUUGCUGAGGUAACAACACGAUAUAGUAGAUACACAAAGGAGGACUGUUUUUAUCCCCCAUCUCUCCUCCUCCUCUCCAUCUCUCCUCCUCCUCUCCAUCUCUCCUCCUCCUCUCCAUCUCUCCUCCUCCUCUCCAUCUCUCCUCCUCCUCUCCAUCUCUCCUCCAUCUCUCCUCCUCCUCCUCUCCAUCUCUCCUCCUCCUCCUCUCCAUCUCUCCUCCUCCUCCUCUCCAUCUCUCCUCCUCCUCCUCUCCAUCUCUCCUCCUCCUCCUCUCCAUCUCUCCUCCUCCUCUAAUCUCUCCAUCUCUCCUCCUCCUCUAAUCUCUCCAUCUCUCCUCCUCCACUAAUCUCUCCAUCUCUCCUCCUCCUCUAAUCUCUCCAUCUCUCCUCCUCCACAAACUCAACUCAACGUUGAUGGGUUGACUCUCCCCUCCCCCAGGCCCCCUCCUGCCUCCCCCUCCUUAUGCCUAGGUUUGGGAAGGACUUCAAGAUGUUUGACGCCAUCUUGCCGUCACUCACAAUCGACAUCACAGACCUGCUGGAUGACAGUAAGGACCAAUGAUAUAAACUCAUGGAAAUAUACACUGAGUGUACAAAACAUUAGGAACACCUGCUCUUUCCAUUACAUAAACUGACCAGGUGAAAGCUAUGAUCCCUUAUUGAUGUCACUUGUUAAAUCCAUUUCAAUCAGUAUAGAUGAAGGGGAGGAGACAGGUUAAAGAAGGAUUUUUAAGCCUUCAGACAAUUGAGACAUGGAUUGUGUAUGUGUGCCAUUCAGAGGGUGAAUGGGCAAGACAAAAGAUUUAAGUACCUUUGAACAGGGUAUGGUAGUAGGUGCCAGGCGCACCGGUUUGUGUCAAGAACUGCAACGCUGCUGGGUUUUUCAUGCUCAACAGUUUCCUGUGUGUAUCAAGAAUGGUCCACCACCCAAAGGACAUCCAGCCAACUUGAUACAACUGUGGGAAGCAUUGGAGUUAACAUGGGCCAGCAUCCCUGUGGAACGCUUUCCACACCUUGUGGAGUCCAUGCACUGAUGAAUUGAGUCUGUUUUGAGGGCAAAAGGGGAAUACAGCUCAAUAUUAGGAAGGUGUUUCUAAUGUUUGGUAUACUCAGUGUAUGUCUAUGGUAAGAACCCUGAUAUGUUAAAACAUGAGGACAUUUUAUGAGGCGGGUUUCCUGUUGAUGACCUUUCUCUCUCUCUCUCGUCUUCACUCUCGUUCCUCUCUCUCACUCCCUCUAUUGCUAUCUCUUCUUCUCCCUCCCGCUGUCUCUCUCUCCUCCCCUCUCUCUCUCCAGCUCUCAGACAGUGCAGUAUUUGCCAGGCAGUAGCAGAAUGGGAGUGUCUAGAGUGUUAUGAAGACUUGGACAUCACACCUGGUCGUCUCAAACAGUACUGCCACACCUGCAACACUCAGGUAACCACGGCACACCAUGGGAUGACAUCACUGCUAUUAUUACCUAUAGUACAGCUCUCUAAGUUCCUUCAAAAGUCCCUUGCAUCCACUCAUAUUGCAGGACCAACAUUGUCCUCUCCCUCCCUCUCUCCCUCCAUCCUUCCAUUAGGUGCACAUCCACAAGAAGCGCCAGUCCCACAAUCCGUGUCAGGUGGGUGUGGCUGGGGGUCCGUGGACCGGCCCACUACAUGGAACUCGUCAGCGAUUGGCUCUCUUUGCUGUGACGUGCAUCGAGACCAGCCACUACGUGAGCUUCGUCAAGCACGGGCCCCGCCCCGAUGACUGGCUGUUCUUUGACAGUAUGGCCGACAGGGAAGGUGAGAGAUGUCAACUUAAGGCCUGCAAUACUUCUACUUUUCUUCCUGUUAGUCAAUUGAUUGAAUAAUGUAAUUGAUUGGCCAGAGAGUCUACUUACCUGGUGUUCCAGAUCUGAGUCACUCCCUGAUUACAGGGCAAAUGAAAAUAUGUAGUACUGCAAAUCUCGAAUAGCCCUUGGCCCCUUGAAAAUCACAGAAACAUUCUAUGAAACUCUUCAUUGUAUGAUCGUAACAUCCCAUAACAGUUGCCAUGUUCUGUCUCCAUGGUUACGGCCAGGCGGGGAGAACGGUUUCAACGUUCCCCAGGUAAAGGCGUGUCCAGAGGUGGGCCGCUACCUCAGCCUAUCAGAGGAGGAGCUGGGCAGGCUAGACCCCGCCUCCUUAAGAGAGUCCGCCCGCCGGCUGCUGUGUGACUCCUACAUGUGUCUCUACCACAGCCCCGAGCUCAGCCUGUACAAA